AAAUCUAUUACAGAAAAGAAUGAAUUAAUUAGAAAAGGGAAUGACAUGUUGUGCCCAAAUAAGCUAACCUUACUCCGAUCAUCUCUCCCUCCUUUCAACCAGUCUAUUUCCGUCCUUGGACAACCCAAAGUCUAUUGCUCUCAGUCUCAAGCAACGGAAACGGAAACCAACGACGACGCCCCCAAAGCCAUGGCCUUAAGCUUUGAUUUCCUUGGCAAGAAGCCGUACUCUCCUCCCUCCUGGGCCUCCCAUCUCAAACCCAUCCCUUCCCACGUCUUCUCUCUCGGUCAUCUUCCUACUCCAAUUCACAAGUGGAAUCUGCCUAAUUUGCCCCAAAACACGGAGGUUUGGUUGAAGCGUGACGAUCUUUCAGGCAUGCAACUGAGCGGUAACAAAGUCAGGAAAUUGGAAUUCUUAAUGGCCGAAGCAGUGGCGCAGGGUGCUGAUUGCGUCAUCACAAUUGGUGGCAUCCAAAGCAACCACUGCCGCGCCACUGCCGUUGCUGCUAAGUAUUUGAAUCUUGACUGCUAUCUUAUACUCCGUACCUCUAAGGUUCUUGUUGAUCAAGAUCCUGGAUUGACAGGCAAUCUGCUGGUGGAGCGUUUUGUCGGAGCUCAUAUUCAACUUAUUUCAAAAGAAGAAUAUGCACAAAUAGGGAGUGUUGCCCUCACUAAUGUUUUGAAAGAAAAGUUGCUAAAGGAAGGCAGGAGGCCAUAUGUUAUUCCUGUUGGUGGAUCAAACUCCUUGGGAACCUGGGGCUAUAUUGAGGCAAUGAGGGAAAUUGAGCAGCAGCUUCAGAUAAGGAGCAACGGAGUAAAAUUUGAUGAUAUUGUUGUAGCAUGUGGCAGUGGGGGUACAAUUGCUGGUCUAUCAUUGGGAUCAUGGCUUGGAGAAUUGAAGGCAAAAGUUCAUGCUUUUUGCGUUUGUGAUGAUCCUGAUUACUUCUACGACUUUGUUCAAGGCCUGGUUGAUGGACUUCAAGCAGGUGUUAACUCACGGGAUAUUGUUAGCAUCAUAAAUGCUAAAGGACUGGGUUAUGCAAUUAACACAUCUGAGGAGCUUAAAUUUGUCAAGGAAAUUGCUGCAGCAACAGGGGUUGUUCUUGACCCGGUUUACAGUGGGAAAGCUGCUUAUGGAAUGAUGAAAGAUAUGGCUGAGAAUCCAAAGAAUUGGGAGGGAAGAAAGGUCCUCUUCAUACAUACAGGCGGACUCCUUGGGUUGUUUGACAAGAUUGACCAAAUGUCAUCAUUGGUUGGGAACUGGCAGCGAAUGGACGUAAAUGAAUCUAUUCUGAGGAAAGAUGGUAUCGGGAAAAUGUUCUAAGAGUAGCAAACCUCUUGCAUCAUAUGUAUUGCUUAACAUAUCAAUGGAAAAUGUACGUUUACAUUUUUAUACUCAAUUGCAGCUGCUUGUCAUUGUAAUUUAAGAUUUUCUUUUUAUUUUUGAUACAUAACGAUUUUGAGUUAAAUAAUUGAAGCAACUCUUGAUAGAGAUAAUGUAUGCGCCAUAAUACAAUCGAUUAAGUGUAAUGAGAUAAAUUAUGUUAUUUGAGCAUA